AUGAGGGACUUCGCUUCCUGCAUCGGCAACCACGCCGUCACCGUCUCCUACUGCAGCGGCGGCGGCGGCACUGGCAGCGGCCGCAGCGGCACUGGCAGCAGCGGCUGCGGCGGCACUGGCAGCAGCGGCGGCACUGGCAGCAGCGGCAGCACCGCCUCCGUCGUCGUCGACCACGCUGGCUCCGCCCUCAUCGCGGUCACCUGCUUCUAUCGCGCUACGCUCUUCACCCUAAGGGAGGUCCUUCUCCGGGUCACCUGGUCCCAUGCCAACGCCGGUCCCUUACUCUCGGUCGCCGUCGACGACGACUCCACCUCGGCCCGCCCUCGGGAGCCCAAUGCCUUGGAGUUUUCCCAUCCGCUGACCGAGAAGAAAGGCACCCGCUCCUGUUUCUCCGGCCCCUGCGCCGUCGCCCUUCACUGGGACAUCUCCGCCGCUCGAUACGAGUCGGGCCCCGAGCCCGUCGACGGCUUCUACGUCGUCGUCGUGGUGGACUCGCAGAUCGCGCUAUCGCUCGGCGAUUUGAGCAGGGACUUCGUCGCCGAGUUCGGGGACGCGCUUCCGCUCGCGCGAUGCUCGACGAUUUGCCGCAGAGAGCAAGUCCUCGGUCGCCGCCUCUACUACUCCACCAAAGCGCGGUUCUGCGACGGCGGUUCCGAUCACGAAAUCACCAUCCGGUGCAAGGGGUACGGAUGGGACGCCGACGACUCUGAGCUGUCGGUGUCGGUCGACAAGAAGCCGGCGGCGCACGCGAGGAACCUCCGGUGGAACUUCAGAGGGAACCAGACCGUCUUCGUCGACGGAUAUCCGGUGGACGUGAUGUGGGAUGUCCACGACUGGUGGUUCGGCGACUCCUCCGGCCAAGCCGUGUUUUUGUUUCGCCGUCGGAGCACGCCGGAAAGCAGACUGUGGCUAGAGGACGAGGCACUGAACGCCGAGCAGGGGAUUUCUGGCUUCUCCCUGUUGAUCCGAGCCUUCAGGAGCCCUUGAUAUCAAAAAAACAAACUCUUUUACAUCAUUUGUUUUAUUAUGAAGAAUGAAAAUAAGAUUC